AUGGCUGGCAAGAUCGAGCCUGGCAAAGUGUUCCGCGUCGCGCCGAACGAGCUAUCCUUCUGUUCAGUCGAGUCGUGGAAGGCCAUCUACGGGCACGUCUCGGCGCAGAGCCCAAAGCCGAUGGUCAAGAGCGAGUUCUACGACAUGUACGGAUCUGGCUACCGGUCGCUCUGCAUCGGCAGCGAGCGUGAUCCGGCGCGCCACCGCCGCAUGAAGCAGACGCUCACUGCCGCCUUCUCGACCAAGGCGCUGCUCGAGCAGGAGUCGAUCGUGCGGCACUGCGUGGAUGAGUUUGUCGAGGCCGUGGGCAAGGCCAGCGACGGCGUCGACGUGACAAAGUGGUUCGAAAUGCUCGCCUUCGACAUCCUCGGCGAGAUGGCGUUUGGGGAGAGCUUCAACUGCGUCAAAAACGGCAAACCGCACUUCUGGCAGGAGCUGAUCCUGGAGCACCUGUUCUUCGUCACGGUGCUGGACAACCUCAGGCGAUACCCCAUCGUGGCUCGCAUCGGGAAGCUGCUCCUCCCGCGGUUCACCGUGGCCAUUCGAGACAAGCACUCGGGAUACAGCAGGGACAAGGUCGCGAGACGGCUCGCAGCCGAGUCAACGCGCAAAGACUUCCUCAGCACUCUCGUGUCCAAGGUGCAGGUGGGGGAGCUGGACCGCGAAGAGCUGACGGCGCACUCGUCGACGCUGGUCAUCGCGGGCGGCGAGACGGUCGCCACCUUCCUGGCGGCGGUGACGUACUUCUUGCUGCGCACGCCGGCCGCGUACGACAAGCUGCGCGCCGAGAUCCGGGGCCGGUACGCGACGGCGGCCGACAUCGACGCGCUGACGGCCCAGCAGCUGCCGUACCUCAUGGCCGUCAUCGCCGAGGGGCUGCGCCUGUACCCGCCGGGCUCGCAGGGCUUCCCGCGCAUCAGCCCGGGCGCCGUCGUCGACGGCGUGUGGGUGCCGCGCGGCGCCGAGUGCUACACCAGUGCGUGGUCGCCGACGCACGACGAGGCCUACUUCCACGACCCCUUCGCCUUCAAGCCCGAGCGCUGGCUUGAUCCGAACUGCACCGACGUGAAGGAGGCGAGCCAGCCCUUCAGCCUCGGCCCGCGCGGCUGCCUGGGUCGCAACUUCGCGUACGUGGAGAUGAGCCUGACGCUUGCCACGCUGCACUUCCGCUAUGACCUCGAGCUGGUCGACGACAAGCUUGAUUGGCUGCAGUCGUCGCGCGUGCACGUCAUGUGGUGGAAGCCGGAGCUGCGGGUGCGCUUCAAGGAGCGCAACUGA